AUGCGUCUAGCGCUAAUACUUCUACUCGUCGCAUUUGCUCUCGUCGCAGCACAUGGCUCAAGGGGACGUCGGAAGUUUUCUUCUCACUCGGACGAAAGUGACGAAAAUGAACUCGAAGAUAAGUUUGACGGUAACGGGGACGAACUCGAAGAGAUUUUGAAAACAGAUUCACCUGGAAGAAGAAAAAAGAGGGACAUUUCUGAUUUGUCCGAAAGCGAGGACUUUUCAGUCUCUCCACAAUGGGAGAGAAACUAA